UCAUGUAAUAAAAAGCAGACUACAGAAAGGAAUUAGCAGAAACAGCAUAAAAAAUCUGUACUCCAGGUAAGGGAAUUUUGGCAGCAGAUGAAGUAAAUUAUUAUAUCAUUGUUAGUCUUAAGGAACUAUUGGAAAGAAGUUUGUUACUAUCAAUGUUGAAAACAAUGAAGAAAAUAGAAGAGCCUAUAGAGAAUUGUUAUUUACAUCUCCUGGAAUCGAAAAUUAUAUUAGUGGAGUCAUUCUUUUCUCAGAGACAGUAUUUUAAAUUAGAUACAUUUUUAGGUAAAACAUGCUACAAAGGAAGGCAAGAACUUUGUUGAAUUAUUGAAAGAGAAGGGAAUUGUUGCAGGUAUCAAAGUAGAUAAGGGUUUGGGAGUAAUUCCAGGAACUUAAGAUGAAUCAGCUACUCUUGGAUUAGAUUCAUUAGCCAAUAUGGCAGCUGAACACUAUAAACUUGGUUGUAGAUUUGCUAAAUGGAGAGCUGUUUUGAAAAUUGGAAAUGGAUUACCAUCAUAAUAAGCUAUCAAAGAAAAUGCAUGGGGAUUAGCAAGAUAUGCUGCCAUAUGCUAAGAAAAUGGACUUGUUCCAAUUGUUGAACCAGAAAUCCUUGCUGAUGGUGAUCAUUCUAUUGAUGUCUGUCAAAAAGUCACCGAAAAGGUUUUGGCUGCUGUUUUUAAAGCUUUGAAUGAAAAUAAUGUUUUCUUAGAAGGAUGUCUACUUAAACCCAAUAUGGUCACUCCAGGAUCAACUAAUCCUGAUAGAAACAAAGUUACUCCUUAAGAAAUUGGAUAUAGAACAGCUUUAGCUUUAAGUAGAACAGUUCCUCCUGCACUUGUUGGUGUUACAGUAAGAAUCUAGAAUUUAUAAAAAUAGUUCCUUUCAGGUGGAUAAUCAGAAGAAGAGGCAUCUUUGAACUUAAAUGCUAUGAAUUAAUUAACAACUGUAAGAAAACCAUGGUCUUUAUCAUUCUCUUAUGGUAGAGCACUUCAAAACACAGCUGUUAAGACUUGGGCUGGUAAAUAAGAUAAUUGGGAAGCUGCUUAAUAAGCUUUCUUAACUAGAGCUAAGGCCAAUAGUGAAGCCUAAUUAGGUAAGAAUCUCUUUUUUACUAUUAUAUUAGGUAAAUACUAAGGAGGACAAGGAGGAGCUUCAAAUGAGUCAUUAUUCGUGGCUGAUUACAAGUAUUGAGU